AUGUAUGCUAAGCAUCAAGAGUGUCCCUGGGAGAGUUAUAAAAGGACAGGUCCGUCUUCAGGUCCUCCAGCAACUUCACCUGAGCUGCUCUUCCUUCAGAAAACCAAAUCUAACUCCCCCUUAAACAAAAUGAGCCUCUACAGACACCAAAAGUACUGGGACCCAUGCCACCGUGGAAGUUUCUCUUCCGGCAGCUGCUAUGGAGGUUUCGGUCAACGCAUGGGCUAUUACCCACAGUCCUGUUAUGGUGGUUAUGGCCGUAGCUACUACCCCCAAACCUGCUAUGAGGGUUAUGGCCGUAACUACAUCCCACCAUUCUAUUACGGAGGUUACGGCUAUGGCCGGGGUUGCUACCCACAACAAUAUUAUGGGGGCUUCGGUUACGGCGGCCUCUACGGUCGCCGAUAUGGAUGGGGGUACGGGUCCAGGCGUGGCAGCAUCUGUUACGAGCCCUGUGGCUACAGUUCUGGCGUCUGCUAUCCUCUCACUCGAAGGUACAGCUGCAGCAGCAUUGACGGACCCUGCUAA